UAUAUAAGUUAAUGCAGUGUUUAAGAAGUCACAUACGAAAAAGAAAGUGAGAUAAUAAUCCAAAAAAAAAAUCCAUAUUUUUGCCAACGUUUUUAGACGAUCAAAUGGCUUACACUAACCAAAUUUCAGCGGUUGUGUUUCUAGCGGUUGCGAUUGCUCCGCUAUUAGCUGAGCCACAGUCAACGAUGUUUCCAGAGAUGACUCCUGAAUGUGCCACGGUUAUGCCUGACCUGCUCGAAAAGUGUUUUGCAACCGGUAGUGUGACGCCAACAGAAGAUUGCUGCACCGAUCUAAAAUCCGCAACCUCAACGCAAGUGACUUGUCUUUGUGAUAACUACAUAGCAAACCCCGCCGUUUCAAACAUCACCGGACCUUACUCCAAAGCAAUCACAACUAAAUGUGGCGUUUUCGACAAAUACUCUUGUGACGGUACUAGUAAAGGAGGAGAAGAAAAGAAAGGAGGAAGCAGCAGUAGCAAUGGUAAAGACAAUGGCAAGAGUGAGGGAAAUGGAGGAAGAGCGAACUCGGUUGCUGCAUCAAUGGCUAUGUUUGGUUUGCUUGCAAGUCUCGUCUUCGUAAUGUUUUAAUUUAGUUAUUUGUAUUCAUACCAAAUUUUAUGUAAUUUUUUUCUUCUUCUUCUUCCUUUUUCCUUGAAAGAAAAUCCGUGAACCCAAAACAAUUACGUACGUUUUUGAGUCUAUAACAUUUUAUCUGCAUUAUUUUAGGGUGUUUUAACUUUAUUGGGCCUUAUUAACGGGCUUAUAGUGGCCCACGGAAAAACUCGCCAACAAAAUAAGCCGGUUUGUAAACUAA